AUGGCAAAAGUUAUUGCUAAUUGUUUGCUUGAAUGGAAAUUGGAUAAGGUAUUCACUGUUACUGUUGAUAAUGCUUCUUCAAAUGAUGUCACGGUCAAAGAAUUGUCUAAACAAUUAGAUAUGUGGAAAACUAAUUCGAUGGGUGGUAAGCAUCUUCAUGUGAGAUGCAUGGCUCACAUACUUAAUCUAAUUGUGAAAGAUGGUUUGAAGGAAAUUUAUGUUUCUGUAAAACGUGUUAGACAAGCUGUGAGGUGGAAUUCCAUCUACUUGAUGUUGGAAACGGCGCAAAACUUUGAAAAGGCCUUUGACAAACUUCAUCUUUUUGAUGAUAGAUUUUCAACUCAUCUUUGUACACAUGUUUGUGAGGAUGGGCAUGUUGUAGGUCCAUUUGUAUGUGAUAAUUCGGUGAAUGUAAGAAAUGUGAUAAAGUUUCUUGAAAGAUUUCACGAGCUCACCGAAAAAGUUUCAGGCUCACGUUAUGUCACUUCUAAUUGUCAUUUUGAGGAUAUAUACCCUCAUAACAAAUUUGAGUAUGUUGGUUUUGCACUUGAGGAAAUGUUUGGGAAGGAACCAGGGAAGAAAUUAAUUAUCGAAGUGGAUGCUAAUUUGAAUUCUUUUGUGAAUGUGAGAACAAAAUCUGUGAGAACAAAGCAAUUGUUGAAAAGGCAAAAGGAAGACUCUGGAAGUGUAGGUGCUAAAUCUGAGUUGGAAAGAUAUAUUGGUGAAGGACAAGAGCCAUUGUCUGAUGAUUCUGAUGACUUUAAAAUCUUAGAUUGGCGGAAAAUUAAUGCGCCUCGAUUUCCUGUUCUAUCUGAGCUAGCUCGUGAUGUAUUAGCCAUUCCAAUUUCAAGUGUUGCAUCGAAAUGUGCAUUUAGCACCGGUGGCCGCAUUCUUGAUUCAUUUAGGAGUUCAUUGACUCCUCGGUUGGUGCAAAGUCUUGUUUGUGUUCAAGAUUGA